UUAUCAAGAGCCGCUGCUGCUGGGGGUUCUUUUAGUGACCUUCCACAUAUACAGUACCACUCUUAAAAUUAUAAAUAUACAUAUAUAAAUUACUUAAAUAAAAAUAGUGUGAAUAUAAAAAUAAUUAAAAUAUCUAAUUCUAUAUUAAUAUUGUUCUUAUAUAGCUUCAAUAGGUUAAUGCAUCACUGUGCUCUUGUGGCUCCAGUAGUAAACAGCGCCAGGGUGUUAUAAUGUUGCUUGAUGUGGAUGGGAUGCAGGUGUAUUUCCCAUAUGAUUUCAUUUACCCCGAGCAGUACUCAUACAUGUUGGACCUGAAACGGACACUUGAUGCAAAGGGUCACUGUAUAUUGGAGAUGCCUUCAGGAACUGGGAAAACCAUUUCCCUUCUUGCAUUGAUCGUCUCUUAUCUCUUAGCGUAUCCUCAGAAUCUUACCAAACUCAUAUAUUGCUCCCGAACAAUUCCAGAGAUUGAAAAGGUAAUUGAGGAACUUCGGAAGCUGUUAGCAUACAUAGAGAAAGAAAAUGGAGAGCCAUGCAAUAUCACUGGUUUGGCUUUGUCUUCUAGGAAACAUCUUUGUAUCAAUCCUGAGGUCAAUAAGGCAAGAGAUGGCAAGUUGAUUGAUGGUGGCUGCCAUGCACUCACAGCCUCCUAUGUACGUUCCAGGGCUCAGCGGGAUGACACUAUACCUCAAUGUGACUUUUUUGAAAAAUUUGAUCUCCACGGUAGAGAGUUUCCUCUCCCUGCUGGAUGCUACAAUCUUGAUGACCUCCGAGAGUUUGGAAAUCAGAAAGGCUGGUGCCCCUAUUUUUUAGCCCGACAUGCUGUAGUGCAGGCAAAUGUUGUCGUGUACAGUUACCACUACCUAUUAGACCCUAAGAUUUCAGAAAUUGUAUCAAAAGAAAUGAAAAGGGAAGCUUGUGUCAUCUUUGAUGAAGCUCAUAAUAUAGAUAACAUUUGUGUAGAUUCAAUGAGCAUUAACAUCAACAGAAAAAUUUUGGACAAGGCUAAAACAUGUGUCACCAACCUUAAUGAACAUGUACAAAGGAUCAAGGUAUCUGAUAGUAACCGACUUCAGGAAGAAUAUAACAGACUAGUAGCAGGUCUUCGGCAGGCUGCCAGUCAACAAGAAAUUAUUGCUAACCCUAUUCUUCCAAAAGAUCUCUUAGAAGAAAAUGUCCCUGGAAAUAUUAGAACAGCAGAUUUCUUCAUAUCUUUCAUGCGUCGUUUAAUUGACUUCUUGAAAAUGCGCCUGACUGUGACACAUGCUGUUCAGGAAUCCCCAGCAGGCAUACUCAAAGACCUUAAAAACAGAGCUUUCAUUGAUCGUAAGCCAUUAAGGUUCUGCUCUGAACGUCUUUCUUCAAUUAUCCGUUCCUUAGAAUUGACAGAUAUCAGUGACCUUUCACCCUUAAUCGCUGUUGCUCAUUUUGCCACCUUAGUGUCCACGUACAUGCAGGGUUUUGUAGUAAUUAUAGAACCUUUUGAGGACAAGGCUCCAAAUAUUCCAAAUCCCAUAAUGUAUUUAAGAUGUCUUGAUUCGUCCAUUGCCAUCAAGCCAGUUUUCACAAAAUUUCAAUCAGUUGUGAUCACAUCUGGUACCCUGUCACCAUUGGAUAUGUAUCCUAAGAUCUUAGAUUUCCACCCAGUUAUUCAGAAUUCAUUCACCAUGACAUUGGCUCGGCCAUGUAUCCUCCCAAUGAUUGUGACAAAGGGCAACGAUCAAGUGGCUAUAUCGUCUAAAUUUGAGUCACGAGAUGAUCCUGCCGUUGUUCGUAAUUAUGGCAAACUUCUUGUAGAAAUGGCAAGAAGCGUACCUGAUGGAAUGGUGUGCUUCUUUACCUCAUACUUGUACCUGGAAAAUGUUGUUGCCACUUGGUAUGAUCAUGGCAUUAUAAGUGACCUGCAGAGACAUAAGUUGGUGUUCAUUGAAACACAAGAUGAUGCAGAAACUUCCCUUGCCCUCGUCAACUACAUGAAGGCCUGUGAUAGAGGACGAGGAGCUAUUCUUCUUGCUGUUGCGAGAGGGAAAGUGUCAGAAGGAAUAGAUUUUGACCACCAUUAUGGGCGAUGCGUCAUCAUGAUGGGCAUCCCUUUCAUGUAUACCCAGAGUCGAAUUCUGAAGGCCAGACUGGAGUAUUUGCGUGACCAAUUCAAUAUUCGAGAAAGUGACUUUCUGACUUUUGAUGCCAUGCGUCAUGCUGCUCAGUGUGUUGGACGAGUUAUGCGUGGAAAGACCGAUUAUGGUAUUAUGCUCUUCGCAGACAAACGUUUUGCUCGGGCAGAUAAGCGAAAUAAAUUGCCAAGAUGGAUCCAAGAACAUUUGGUAGAUAGUAAAUGCAACCUUUCUACAGAGGAAGCUGUGCAGGUAACAAGGCCGUGGCUAAGGCAGAUGGCUCAGCCGUUCACCCGAGAUGACCAGUUAGGAGUGUCUCUUCUCACUCUUGAACAACUGAACUCUGCAGAAAAUAUUGAGAAAGUUCAAAAGAGAGCACAGCAGUCCUUUUGAAGUGGAUUAAGAAAGACCUAUAUUUAUUUUAUAUCUGUAUGGUGAAACCUCCAGAUAACAGACUUUACUCUCCAUAUAAUCCAUUAGAUGGGGGUUUACCAUCUAACUGACCCUCAAUGUAAUGGAUUUUCUUCUCCAUAUAGUCCAUUGAAUAGACGAUUCAAUGUAACAACAACUGGAUAAAUUACUGUACUCGACUUACUUCAACUAAUAGGAAAACAACUGUUGUGGAAUAUACCUUUAUGUUGAGGUAAUAUUGUUGCAGUGAAAGACACUUAAUUCUAUUUUUUUACAAAGAAUUGCCACAUGUAUAUUUGUUAUAUACUGUAUGUACUGUUGAAUAAAACUGAUAGGAAUAUGGAAA